UUGGGUUGUUCAAAAAGUCAUUGCGUUUUUUUCCAAUAGAUAGCGCUGUCCACAUUUAUUUGUAUCUGAGCGUGCCAUGAAUGUCAAAUGUUUAUGCACAUUUUGUUGUUGACACUUAACCUAAAAACCAAAAAAAAAGUUGACGCAAUUUAGUCGAGUUUUGUGCUUGCAAUUGUAGUUUAAACAUGGAGAAUUUUGAAAAGCAUAUUCGCCAUAUUUUGCUUUAUUACUUUAAAAAAGGGAAGAAAGCAACUGAAGCAAGGGAAGAGUUGCGUCAAGUUUACGGCAGAAAUGUCAUUGAAAAACGUCAGUGCCAGAACUGGUUCGCCCGAUUCCGUGGUGGUGAUUUUUCGGUUAAAGACGCUCAUCGCUCCGGUAGGCCUUCCGAGAUUGACGACGAUAAAAUCAAGGCAUUGGUGCAAGCAAAUAAGCAUUCAACGGUUCGGGAGCUUGCUACCGCUCUAAAAGUGUCCAUUGGAAGUGUUCAUGGACAUUUGAAAUCGCUUGGUUUCGUGAAGAAGCUCGAUAUUUGGGUACCGCAUGAGUUGAAAGAAAUUCAUCUGACAAAGCGUAUGAACGUCUGCGAUCAACUCACCAAACGCGAAGAAAACGAUCCGUUCUUGAAGCGUAUGAUCACGGGCGACGAAAAAUGGAUUGUCUACAACAAUGUGAGCCGAAAAAGGAGUUGGAGUAAGCGAGAUGAAGCACCGGAAAGGCAAACAAAGGCGGACAUCCACCAAAAGAAGGUGAUGCUGUUAAUCUGGUGGGAUUGGAAGGGACCAGUCUUCUAUGAGCUGCUUCCACAGAAUAAAACGAUCAAUUCCGAUGUCUACUGUGAGCAGCUACAGAAAUUAAGUGAUGCCAUCGCACAGAAACGUCCCGAGCUGAUCAAUCGUAAGGGUGUGGUGUUUCACCACGACAAUGCGAGACCACACACAAGUUUGGUCACUCGGCAAAAAUUAUUGCAGCUUGGUUGGGAUGUGUUGCCACAUCCACCAUAUAGCCCAGACCUUGCGCCAUCAGACUUCCAUCUAUUUCGCUCCUUGCAAAACUCCUUGAACGGUAAAACGUUUGCUUCUGAAGACCUCAUCAAACAGCACCUUGACAAGUUUCUCGCAGAGAAAGAUAGGAAGUUUUAUGAACGCGGUAUUAUGAAAUUGCCCGAGAGAUGGCAAAAGGUCAUUGAACAAAACGGCCAAUAUAUUAUUGAUUAAUGUUCAUUACGUAUAUUAAAUAAACGCACCUGAAAAUCAAAUGAAAAAAACGCAAUAACUUUUUGAACAACC